GUUCAAUACAUUUAUAUAUAUUUAUAUGUGUAUGGUUGUCUAAUCGUGAUUUCCCCCCUUCUUUCUUCUUUUUCUUCUGGUUCUGCUUCUACUUCUAUCGUUUUCGCUCCUGCCCCUGCCACCAGAAAAGAGGGAAAAAAGGGGGGAAAAGGGAAAAAAAAAACAAAAAACAAAGAAGAGGGCUUUAUUAUUUUAAUUUCAUUUUUACUAAUAAAUCUGAGGGGGUCCAAUCGAAAAUCUGAGAGACGGCCGAGGGAUUCUUUGGCAAGAUUGAUUGAUUCUCAAUUGGUUUGGUAGGUAGAUAGAUAGCUCCGAUACAAUUCAGCACGAUACAACGCAGCAAUAAAAGACGACAGAAAGAUUCAAUCUUUUUUUUUUUUGGGUAUUUUCCCUUGAACCUCAGCUCGUCUGCAGCUCCCAGACAAUUUGAUGUAUGCAACCAAUUAAGUGAUCAAAUUUAUAAGUGGAAGUGGGAGUGGGAGCGGCAGCGGCAGUGGCAAUGGCUUCUCCUGCUUCCCUUGCAAGUCUGGGAAGCGCGAGGCCGACCCCUUGUUGUUUACCACGCUGCAGUAAUAACAGUGAUAAAUGCAAGAGCACUCUAGUAUUUCUAGUAGCUGCCUCUGGUGCCAAUCACCAUCAUCAUCACCGUCACCGUUUAAGGAGGCUCCAAGUAAUUUCUAGUACCAGUAGCUUCAGUGCUUGGAUGAUUCCAAGGCUGCACUGGCCUCUUUCUUACUCUCCCACCACCAACACCAGCAGCACAAGGAUAUGUAAAUGUAUGGCCACCACCACUACUAAUUUAAUAGAGGAGAAAGGGGUUUCAUCUUCCCUCAAGGAACCCACCUCCUUCAGCAGCAGCAACUCCAACGACGAUGCUGAUCUCGUACUCAAACCUGCUCCCAAGCCUGUCAUAAAGCUCCGUCCCAAUGGUCCUCCUCUCCGUCAAUCCGUUGAUGAUAAUUCCGCUGUGGUGGUGGAUGACAGAAAUCAAGUUAUAGAGUCUCUUGAGGAAGUUCUGGACAAGGCAGAAAAGCUUGAGACUUUGACUCCAAGUAAAUUUGUCAGCAAAGAAAGUAAGGAUGGGUACAAGCCAAAUGCAAGCAGCAAGUCAUCAGCUAGGUUUGCAAACCCAACUACGUCAGCGCGCAAGUCCAAAACACUCAAGAGCGUCUGGCGCAAGGGAAACCCUGUGGCCAAUGUACAGAAAGUGGUUAAAGAAGUACCCAAAAUGGUUAAUAGAGAAGAUGACAAGGGGCAGCAGGCUCCUUCUCCUGUAGCAGAGACAAAACAGUCGGAUUCUCCGUCAGUUGUACCCUUGAGACCUCAGAUGCCAUCACUUUCCAAGCCUACACCUAAGCUUAGAGCUAAGCCUGCUGUUGCUUCUCCUCAGCCACCUCCUCAAUCUCUAGCAAGGAAACCAAGUGCUGUCAAGGACCGCAAACCGAUUCUCAUUGAUAAGUUUGCGGUUAAGAAGCCAAUCGUGGAUCCCAUUGAGGCAGAAGCUGUGUUAGCCCCAUCCAAACCUAUGAAGGGGCCCAUGACCUCAAAGGCUAAAGAGGAGCGUCGGAGGAAGUCAAGUGCUGCUGGGGGUUUAAGGAAACGGCUGGUGGAUGAUGCCGAAAUACCUGAUGAUGCAGAGCUUGAUGUUCCUAUUCCUGGUGUAGCAGGAGCAAGGAAAGGAAGGAAAUGGAGCAAGGCAAGUAGGAAGGCCAGUAGGAAGGCCGCAAGAGUCCAGGCGGCUAAAGAUGCUGAACCUGUUAGAGUAGAGAUUCUUGAGGUAGGUAAAGAGGGCAUGUUAGCUGAGGAAUUGGCCUAUAGCUUAGCAGUUAGUGAAGCAGAUAUCCUAGGCUAUUUGUUUUCAAAGGGGGUUAGGCCUGAUGCGGUGCAAACAUUAGAUAAAGAUAUGGUCAAGAUGAUAUGCAAGGAAUAUGAAGUAGAAGUUAUGGAAUCAGAACCAGUCAAAAUAGAAGAAAUGGCGAAAAAAAAAGAAGUGCUUGAUGAGGACGACUUGGACAUGCUGGAAGACAGGCCCCCAGUUAUUACGAUAAUGGGUCAUGUCGACCAUGGAAAGACAACUCUCCUGGACUAUAUCCGCAAGAGCAAGGUGGCAGCAUCUGAAGCUGGCGGCAUUACACAAGGUAUUGGAGCAUAUAAGGUCCUUGUUCCUGUCGACGGAAAGCUCCAGCCCUGUGUUUUUCUUGACACGCCAGGGCAUGAGGCAUUUGGUGCAAUGAGAGCACGUGGUGCAAGAGUUACUGACAUUACCAUCAUUGUGGUGGCUGCUGAUGAUGGAGUCCGGCCCCAAACAAGUGAGGCCAUAGCUCAUGCCAAGGCUGCUGGGGUGCCUAUUAUAAUAGCUAUAAACAAGAUAGACAAAGAUGGAGCUAAUCCUGACAGGGUUAUGCAAGAACUUUCCUCAGUCGGCCUCAUGCCAGAACUGUGGGGUGGUGACUUCCCUAUGGUUCAGAUUAGUGCGCUUAAAGGAGAUAAUGUGGACGAGUUGUUGGAAACUGUUAUGCUUAUUGCAGAAUUACAAGAGUUGAAGGCCAAUCCUCAUAGAAAUGCAAAAGGGACAGUGAUAGAGGCAGGUCUUGAUAAAUCAAGAGGACCUGUUGCCACACUUAUUGUGCAGAAUGGAACGCUGAAGAAGGGUGAUAUUGUUGUCUGUGGUGCAGCACAUGGAAAGAUGCGUGCUUUAUUUGACGAUAGAGGAGGGCGCGUUGAUGAAGCUGGGCCCUCAAUGGCUGUGCAGGUCAUUGGCUUGAGUGAUGUUCCCAUUGCUGGUGAUGAAUUUGAGGUCCUAGAUUCUUUAGAUGUUGCUCGGGAAAGAGCUGAAACACGUGCUGCAUCAUCACGGGAUGCAAGGAUAUCUGCAAAGGCUGGGGAGGGGAAGGUCACUCUAUCUUCAAUUGCUUCUGCCUGUUCAGCGGGAAAGCAGUCUGGAUUAGACACACACCAGCUAAAUAUUAUUCUAAAAGUUGAUGUCCAGGGUUCAAUUGAAGCAAUCAGGAAUGCUCUUCAAGUACUACCCCAGGAUAAUGUAACUUUGAAAUUCCUCCUUCAAGCUCCAGGUGAUGUGAGCACUAGUGAUGUGGAUCUGGCUGUUGCCACUGAGGCCAUUAUAUUUGGGUUCAAUGUAAAAGCUCCAGGUUCAGUUAAGAGCUAUGCAAAUAAAAAGAAUGUGGAGAUUAGACUAUAUAGAGUCAUCUAUGAACUUAUUAAUGAAAUGAGGAGUGCAAUGGAAGGACUCCUUGAGCCUGUUGAGGAACAAAUAUCUAUAGGAGCAGCAGAUGUCCGCGGGCGUGUGGCUGGAUGCAUGGUCUCUGAAGGAAAAGUGAUAAAAGAAUGUGGUAUUCGUGUUGUUCGAAAUGGAAAGACAGUUCACACGGGGAAGAUUGAUUCUUUACGCCGGGUAAAAGAAGAGGUGAAAGAGGUUGGUGCUGGCCUAGAAUGUGGUAUUGGUGUGGAUGACUUCAUGGAUUGGGAAGUUGGGGACGUCGUUGAGGCCUUCAAUGUGGUGAAAAAACAACGGACGCUUGAAGAAGCAUCUGAUUCAGUUACUGCUGCCCUAGCAGAAGCUGGACUUUGAGAUGGGCGGAUGACUGCUAGAUAGGUUUGGAGUUCCUAAGCAAGCAUUUUUGGUGAUGGUGUCAGAAGCUUCAUCGUUGCUCUAUGCUGAUUAUUUUCCUUUGAUGGCUGAUGAUUUUUGCAGAGACAGGUCGCCAUCAUAUCACCCCAUACUCCCAUCACCUCAGCAAUUGGUUUUUGUGGUGAUGGGGGAGGGGAGGGGGUUCCUUUGUUUGAUGUCGAUUCCUGAUGUAUAUAAUACAUAGCUGAGCAGCUGCUUUCUGUUCAUCUCCCUCUCCCCUGUAGUUUUGAGAGAAACUAUAUACGUUUUAGCUUUUACUGAUGGUUCACCAGCACAUGUAAAAGCAAAGUCAUGAUUAUUUGGCAAAUCAACUCCAAUUUCUUGUACGGCACAUAGAAUUUGGCUUCGUUUUAGCUUGCGGGACUCAUGCAAGUCCA